AUGUAUGGGCCGGACGGGGGCCAGCUCGACCUCAAGAUCACGGGGCAGUCAACGUGCUCUUUCCAGAUGGGCAGCGAAGUCUACAAAGGGACCCUGAAUGCUGAAGGAAAGCUGGUCUGGAACGAUGGGGCCGUUUGGGUCCGCGUCGACGACGGAGCUAAGGACAGCCAGCCCAAGGAGGAUGAGCCAACCGAGGAGUCUGGCAUCGAGAAGGCGCGAAAAGCCUUCGCAGAGGAGAAAGCGCGGAAGGCCGCAGCUCUGGACAAAGCUCGUGCAGCACGCGCGGCAGCACAGAACCAGGAUGGAGCCAACAAUGAUAACGGUGUGGACCGUGCCAAGCAGGCCUUCGAGGAGGAAAAGGCUCGGAAAGCUGCGGCUUUGGAGCGCGCUCGAAG